GCGUGAGAAGGGGGUGCUUGUGUUGAUGGUGAUGUAAGGCGUAUUGCGACCAAAACAACACCAAUCUGCAAAGCAGAUUGAGGCGGGGAGCUUGCUCUGUGUUUCUAAAUUUACCAAUUAUUUAAUUUUCCACCUGUAUUUUUAAGAACGUCACAGCUGCAUGAAAUAUGUCUGCAAAUUCAAGCGACACCGAGUCAUCUUGUGGAUGGACCAUCAUAAGCAAUGAGGGCUCUGAUAUUGAAACACUUGGUCCUGAAAAUGGUGGAACUGACAGUAUUCCUGAUCCCACAGAGGUGCCCAUGAUUCUGGAAGAUGACCAGCUAAGUCAUGCAUUGGAACAAGGAGCAGAUUGCAUUGAAGAGUCUACUCUUGAAGCCACCCAAACAGAAGAGACUUUAGAAGACCGGCCUGAGGUAGCUGAAGAGAAGGCACUAGAUGAGCAGGUUGUGCUCGGGUCUUCAAGUGACCAUUCUGACAUUGUGACACUCGAGCCUCCGCAGGUGGAGGAGCUUGGUGUCUGGGAGGAAAGGGAGAGUGCUGUGCAGGAGCCCGAGAGCAACGAAGACCUCGGCUCCUCCUCCAGCAGUCAGUACACGUUCAGUGCUCCUGAACCUCUCCUUCCUUCUGAGUCCAAGGCAUUUGAUUCUAGCAGUGAUGAGGCAAGUGAACACUCCAGUCCUGCUGUGCGAAAACGGCGCCUGAGAAAAACAACCGCUUCAACUUCUGAGGCUGAGGAGGUUCCAGCUGUGAAGCGGCCGGGAGAGCCGGAGCAGCAGGCACCCCGGAGACAGGGCCAAGUCAGCGGCACCCUCAACAAGUGCGUCUUACUGGCACUGGUUAUUGCCAUCAGCAUGGGAUUGGGGCAUUUCUAUGGUGUAUUUGAAGGUACAGUGCAGAUUCAAGAAAGGAACAAGGUAGUUGAGAAAAUCCGUGAACAUGAAUUGAAUGAUGUGAAGGAUGAUCUUUAUCAGUGCCAGAAAGAGCAGGAUGUCAUUGCAGAAAGCAAGUUCCAGAAUGAAGAUCUUACAGAAGAAUUAAAACAAACCAUGGAAGAAAGGAGUUCCAUUGACUCUCAGCAGAAAACCCUUUUCUUGGAGAACCAGAAUUUGAAAAAAUCAUUGCAACGGGAAGAAGAGUCUCUGGCCUCAUUGCAAGAAGAACUGAGAAACCUCCGGGCGCAGAUGAGGAGUUUAGAGGAGAAGGGGGCUGGCACUGAGUCCAUCAUUACAGAGAAUCAGAAACUCAAGGAUCACCUGGAGGAAGAGACGCAGCGGAUCCGCAGCUUCCUGAGCCAAAAGGAAACCCUGAUGGCAGAAGCUCAGAUGCUCAGGAGAGAGCUGGACAAAGAACGAAGAGUGACCGACAAGCUUAAAGAGCACUUAGACCAACUGAGCCAGACUUCAGAAGAUACAGGUCAAACUGACCCAGAAACAGAGGAGAUGCAGACAAGGUUGGCAGAGUUGGAAAAGAAACUGAAUUUUGAGCAGCAGCGCUCUGAUCUGUGGGAAAGGCUGUAUGUCGAAACCAGGGAAGAAAAAGGUAAAGAGGAAACGCCUAAAUCAAAGAAAUCCAAGGAUGGUGUGUUUGCUUCGGUUAAGGACAAGUUUGAUGCCGUGAAAAACUCCACAAAGGAGUUUGUGCAUCACCAUAAAGAGCAGAUAAAAAAAGCAAAAGAAGCUGUUAAAGAGAAUUUGAAAAAAUUCUCUGAUUCGGUGAAGUCCACGUUCAGGCACUUCAAGGACUCAGCCACACGCAUGUUUAACAAAAACCGUGAGAGGAAGAUGCACGAAAGGAGAUAUCAGGAAAGAAAAGAUGCAAAGUCUGACCAGCAUGACCAGCAGAAGCGCACAGAUGAUCCUAGAGACCACGAUGCUGCCAAAAUCAAAGCAUCCUGGCAGUUCAAACAACAAAGACAAAUUCAUACACAUCCAAGAACAUCCACAACACAAAACUAUCAGGCGAACGAUGAAGAACAACAAUUUUCACACUAUAGGAGUACAAAGGGAUGCUCCAGUGUAUUUGAUUGUGCAAACCAGGAGUCCAUGAGUUUAUUCAACAAAGCUCUGAAUCCCAUUAAAGCAGAGGAAUUCAAUCAACUAAUGCAGAGCUACUUGAAGCAGGAGGUAGACCAUUUCCACCACUGGAGAGAGUUACAAAAUUUUAUGAAUAGGUUCUUCCACAAUGGCGUCUUUAUACAUGACCAGAUGCUAUUCACUGACUUUGUCAGUGGUGUUGAGGAUUAUCUAGAGGACAUGGAAGAGUACCAAGAAGGUAAUGAUGAAGUUUUUGACGAUCUGGAUGAAUAUGUAUACAAACACUUCUUUGGAGAUACCUAUUCAAAGCAGUAUGGCCCAAGUAAACCCUUUGAAGGGCCAUGUUUCAUAAAUGCAGAAUACAGACCUCCCAAACAUGACCAGCAGCCUCCUUCUCGCCAGCAGAAAGGAAGGAAAUGGAACAAGCCAGGGCGUACCACUGGAAGACAUGUAGCUAAUGUCAAAAUAGAGCUGGGUCCACUGCCUUUCGAUCCAAAGUACUGAAAAGCAAUGGUUAUAGUAAAUGGUGUAUAAAUACAUUUUGAGUAAUUUUUAUUUAAGUUGUAAUUAAAAAUAUUAAAAAUGAAAUGGAUGUCAUGCAUUUUGUCAGCAAAUAAUAGUUCUUGUGAUUUUGGACGACAAUAUUUAAUUCUGAAAGCAGCAAAAAAAGAAAAAGCGCAGAAAAUGUUGAUUUUAAAACUAUUACCAUUACGUGAUUCUUGCUUUCCUGUGUUGUGCAGUAUGCAUUGCUAAAUGUAGUUGGCAAUAGAAUAAAGGCUUUGAAUUACAGAUUUGUUUCCCCUUGGUAAGCAGUUGCGUGCAUGAUAACAUGCAUUUUCUAAACUAAGUUUCUAUACUGGUGUAAUUGAUCUGUUUGUAUUAGAAUGUAACGUGUUCAUCUGCUUUGUGUGUGUGUGUGUGUGUGGGGGGGGAUUUAUUUGAUCUAGUUUUUUGGGGAGAAAUUAUAGUUAGCUUGGUGCUGCUAGGUUUUGUUCGAGUAUCAAAAAAUACAGCACAAGCCUCUUUUGUAGGUUUACUAGCGCUUAUCAGUUGUUUUGGUUAAUGUGAUCAAAUUAGAAGCCUCCCUUUUACUAUGUAAAAUAAUGUUGGUAGUAGCAUAUUUUCACUUGAAUAGGAACAUAAGAAAAGUUGGGGAAUGAGAAACGGUUGUUCAGCCCGUCAAAUCUCUCUCUUGCUACCACAGAUGGCUCCCAAGCUUGUAUGGAAUUGUUUCUUUAAUAAUCCCAGUGUUUUAGCUGUUGCACUUUCUUCUGAUAAACUAUUCCACUCGUCCGUUUUAUUCUCUGUGUAAAAAGUGCAUCCUACAUGUACAAAGUUCUUUUUACUCAACUUCCAUGAUUGGCAUUGAGUAUCUCUCUCUUUCUCUCUUGAAUGUGUCUGUUUAAUAUAACCUGCCUAAUUCAAAUAUAAUCUGAAAUGCUAUGUUAAAUAGACUACUCUGCUCAUGUGUAGCUGGUUCCACAGAAUCUGAUUUGGCAGUAACUUGAGACUGUGUAACGUAACAGUAGGUAGUCCAAGCCUAGUGUAAUCACCGUCUGUGAAACCAGCCAAAAUUUGCUUAUCAAAAUCUUUGCAGUCUCCCAUGAGAACAAAUCUUAAGUGGCUUGCACUAUAAUUAUGUUAAACUUGUGAAACUUUGGAUUCAUGCUUUGGCACUGAGUGUACUUUGCUGCUGUAUGUUAAAAUGAAUGAUGUUGCAUAUUGAACUGUAAUGAAAGCUAGUUUGUCAAGUGAUUUUCUCUUUAAUUAGCAUUAACAUGGAUUUUAUAAAUGUAACAUUCCAACAGUAUUUACACAAUUUACUCAUUCAUGACCUUUUACCAUGUAUGCUUAUGAAAAUGUGUGCUGCGAUACCUAAUAAAAAUUGAAGUGAA